AGAUAUUUUGGCCCAUUCCCAAGUAUGUAUUUCGUAACAAAUCUUCCUGCUGGUGCUGCCAUCCACGGUCGCAUAUUGUGCUCUCCUUUUUUUAAUCCUCCUUACGUUCCUCUCCAGAUGGGGAGCAUGCCUCCGCCUUACUGAGGUGACAGCAGAUGUACGUGUACGGACAUGCGAAGAGGACCAGCCAUUCCCAGACAGUGAUUGCAAUUCGACAGGAUGACAUUCUCUCCAUCAUGGAGCGUUGGGCCAUCAGUAUUCGGGAAAUUCUUAUGCGGAUGCAGGGCGAUCGCGACUUGUUUGGAGGCGAUUCGCUCAUGGAUACGGUGCAUCGUCCCUGCAUAUUCAGCGUUGUUGCAUUUGUUUGGGGCAUUUCGGAUGUGCCUGUUGGUCAACGGGGAAGCCGAGCAGACCAGUCUGCUGGUGCCCAGGCAAAGAUAUUCACGAUGGACAACCAUAAGCCCAUCGCGAUUGCUCAUAUGCGGUUCUGUCACUACAACCUCGGUAUAAACAGCGUGAAACCUGGUGACGUGUUCUGCUUCCCGCUGACGCCCCCGCAUUUCGACGUCGUGCUCCUCAACAUGGUUCACAAUGCGAUGUUCACGCAGAAACCCAAAGAGUCCCAUGGCCUGCCAAACCAGCCAAUAUUCAGUGCGCACGAAGCCACUGAAUUCUGCCGCGUGGUGUUCUUACGCCACCCGCAGCAGCACUCAAGACCGAGACAAGGGAGUACGCAGGCCCGGAGCCUGGGUCGACUAGACAUAAGACCGACUGGGGAUUGCGAGUGUCAUGACAAGGCCGCGCUGGAGCGGCAGCACAUUUUCAAGCAUCAUUUUUUUUGUGGAGGCGGAUGUUACCAAGGAUCACGAAAACUCUAGCAGGAAGUGCGCCUCUGCCAAUCCGCUGAUCUGUUACGCACACAUGUGCAAUGUUCACGGCCACUUGACUGGAAAUGGAUGUGAUUCGGGUAAGAUAUUGUAUUCAGGUUAUCGAAGAUGAUGUCUCGAUUAGAUUCCAUUAUUGCAGGAUAUGCUUGCUAAGGCGGGCGUCUGACUGUUGCCGAAAAGGCCUGGCUUCAGAGCAGGUAUCUCUCAGGGAGCGGACCUCUCGAAGCUUCGAUUCAACCUGGCUCAUGAAGCGUGCCUUGAAGCCUGGAGGAGCUCGAGACCACGCCGACAAUUCCACCGCUCAGCGCUGGACGAGUCACAGGGCACCAAGGUUGCUUGAUUAAUCCUGCAACAGAUCUCUGCCUUUCACCCCGUCAGUGCAGAGCUGGUGAGAAACCGCGCACUCACCGAGCCACUGCAGUGGUACAUGUACCAAGCUCAUGCCGCGUUCCCACACAGCUCACAGGAAACCAGCACAGUGGUGCGCCGCGGCAACACCCGAGCGACGGUGUCCUACAGGACGGGGGUAGUCAUUUCCAACCUGGCCUUGCUUGGCGGGCAGCAGGGGCCUUCUGACUCCCUUACCCGACCCACCUGUCGUCAACGGCACGGACUCGUUCAUCCUUGAUACGGACGUGACGUUGUCAUGGAAGACCCACAAGACAGUUAGACCGAUGGAGGCGAGAGCUCAGGCUCGGUGCCCCUUGCAGGCCGUUGCCUCGCAUGGGGGUUAUUGCGCAUAUGGGCAGUAGCGGGCACUACCGUGCAUGACCCCGCUCUUGGGACCAGGCAUUUGCUGAUGAGUUGCACACAUGUUGCAAGGGCAAGGGCAACAGCCCCAGCACUCGGAGGUUGAGCCAGCCAAUCAUCCCAAGCCGGACACCAGUCCCAAGAACAGCCUAAGAGGCAGACAAGCCAAUUCAGCUGACGAGCCCGACCCGACCACCGCGUCGAACCUGCGGGAAGUGGCCGAGUCCGAGAGCGAACGUUUCUUGGCGCCCCACAGAGCUUUUCUGUUGGCAUUGCUAGGCUGCCCAGCUGCAGCGUCAGGUCUUGCAGCCGCUGCCUCUGAUCGAGCGGGGCAAUGGUGCCUCGAAAGGGGUCAAAUAGAACGUGUCGUCCUUCGUUGCUGAGGACGAUACCCCUGGGCUUACACGCCCACGGCAACAGUAAGGCAGGGUCACGGCCAGUGUCAGGUCCGCCUCGCGUCGUGUGGGCUGUUCCCGAGAAAGACGCCUAGUAGCCCUCGCUGGAGGAGGAUUGCUUGCCUGAGGUUACGGGCCUGCCUUGGGCACUACGCCGAGGGGUCGUUUCCCUGACGAAGGUGACGGUGGCACCCAACCGCCCAAACGAGCUUAUUGGCCGCUUCCGCUUCGACGCCAUACCACAGCGGCGCACGGCGGCGCUUUGGCUUUGCAUCGCGGGCGAGCAGAGGAAAGCACAGAGGCGGGGCUCGAUGGCCCAUUGCCGCCAAAUCACGUUCUCGAUGACUUGGCGGGGCCAGUCUGGACCAUUAACGAUUUCACGGGAGAUGUUGCUGCCGCGGCCCAAGUGGACCGUGACCCCACGGGUGUUUUGUUGGACCGAUGUGUGGCCUGAACAAUUCGGAGUACACGUGGACGGAUUCACAUGUGUCCGCGAGGACAGCCAGGCCCACAGCUACACGGCCUUCCCGCAUCGCACAUCCAUUGUCAACGAUUUUCCUUUGUAUCAUGCGCGGUCGCUUAUCCUAAAUAUCAGCGAAUACAAUGCUGGCCAAGCCGGUAAGAAUCCCCAGGAUUGAGGAUUGGGGUUUGAGGGAUUAUUAGUCCAAGGAUUUGAGGGCAUUCCAACUCGUGCCUCGGGGCACGGUGGCGGAUUGCACUACGUGCGCUGCACCGCAUAGAUCGUUCCAUACGGAUUGCACGACAUCGUUUGCAACAUAGUUCGCUCCAUAUAGGCGACCCAUGUAUUACAACAUGUAGACUGCACCGCCUUGACUUUUCGUCGGGAGUGCGCGAACCUACUAUGUUGGUCCCGCGCUUGCAAAUAUAGCUGUGUUUGCUCAGUCUGGACUCUGGCCGCCUUUCCUCGGCUUUGCCGGCGGACUGAAUACGCGUCGUGAUGCGCAAGACCGCCCUCAUCACUGGUAUUACCGGGCAGGAUGGUUCGUAUUUGGCGGAGCUGCUCCUGAGUAAAGAUUACGAGGUGCACGGCAUCAUCAGGCGAUCAUCUUCUUUCAACACAGCCAGGAUUGACCACAUCUUUGACAAGGUCCAUCUUCAUUACGGUGACCUCGUGGACAGCUCCAACAUGGCCUCCAUCGUCGCAAGGGUGAAGCCAGACGAGGUCUUCAAUCUGGCGGCACAGUCGCACGUGAAGGUCUCGUUCGAGGAGCCAGAGUACACCGCCCAGGCAGACGGGGUGGGCACGCUGAGGCUGCUAGAGGCUAUCCGCACCGCGGGCCUCGAGAAGACCACGCGGUUCUACCAGGCCUCCACCUCGGAAUUGUACGGCAUGGUGCAGGAGAUUCCCCAGAAGGAGUCGACACCCUUUUACCCACGCUCCCCCUACGCAGUGGCGAAGAUGUACGCGUAUUGGAUUGUGGUGAACUACCGGGAGGCGUACGGCAUGUUCGCGCUCAAUGGCAUCCUCUUCAAUCACGAGUCUCCGAGACGCGGUGGAACGUUCGUAACCAAGAAGGUCACGCACGAUGUGGCUUUGAUCGCUGCGGGCAAGAAGGAUAUAAUUGCUCAUCCUUGGAAACAUCGACUCCUUGCGCGACUGGGGCCACGCCCGGGACUACGUGAAGGGCAUGUGGAUGUUCUUGCAGCAGGAGAAGCCCGUCGACUACGUGCUUGCCACGGGCAAACAGUACAGCGUUCGUGACUUGGUGUCCUUGUGCUUCGAGAUGGUGGAGAAGCCCAUCACCUGGCGUGGCGAGGGCCUCUCGGAGGAGGGCAUCGACGAGAAGUCGGGGCAGGUGAAGGUUCAGAUCUCGCCGAGGUACUUCCGGCCCACGGAGGUGGACACACUGCUGGGUGAUCCCUCCAAGGCCAAGAAGGAGGUUGGCUGGGAGCCCGAGUGCUCCUUCAAGGAGUUGGUAUUCGAAAUGAUGGAGUACGAUAUGAAGUCGUGCGGCCUGCCGCUUCCCAGCAGUGCGGCAGAGGUGGUGAAGAGGCAGGACAAGUGGUCGUGGUGACCCGCUGUGCUGUGCCUUUGAGAGGAGCCGUACUGCCGAGACUCCGAGCGGACAUGGCCCCGCACCGCGGCGGCCCCGAGCCAGAAAAGAGCAAGCACGUCGCCGCUUGCUCGCGCCGGGGGUGCCGAAAGCCUCGCGCGAGCCCCCCCCCGCCGGAGCUGGAGCAGCUCUCCCCCGCUUCCCUGGCCGUGCGGGCCGGACGCAGGCCUCGCCUGCCGCUCUGCACGCUUUAGAGCGAGCACCGCCUUCACGUCCAGUCGGCAGUGCUCGCUCGCUGGCUCGCUCGCUCCUCGGCCGUGCGCCCGAGGAUGCGGCUGAGAGUUCGAUUAGUUCUAGGCCUCCCAACCCCAUUUUGGAUGCUUCUAGUAUUGUUCUUCGCAGCCCGAAUAUUUUCCUGGCGGCGCCGAGGCGCUGGAGCGCCGCGAUAGCUCCGCGCAGCUCGGCUGGGAGGCGCGCGAUGUUUUUUCUUGCAGGUGAUUGUGUGCUAUGGUGGGCACGAAUCCCCCUCAUCAUCCACAUCAGC